AAGUUGGUAAUUUAGAAGUCAAGACAGCGAUAGUUGCCUGUAGUUAGGAGCAGCCAAUCUCAUCCCAUCUCAUUUUCUAUUUGCCCCACCCCACCACCACCUCACCCCCACCCCUCUCUGUUUUCCUUUAUUUUUCCUUCUUCGUCUUCUUCUCUAUCAAAUGAGAUUCUCCGCCAUCCCUAAAUUGAAACCAAAACCCUAAUUCCAAUCCCAAUUUCACCCAAACACACCACAAACAAAGAUUGAAUUUUGAAAUCCCAUCUCAAUCAUUCAACCUCUUUCCAUUAACUCAUUAAUUUUUCAAUCAUUAAUCAAACAAAUGGGUGCAGCUUCAAUGAUUUGGAAUCCAGACCUAAUCCAAUAUCUAUGCAUUGCAAAAUCAACCACAAUCCUUGCACAUCACAUCAAUAAAAAUCCCAAAGAUUCAAACAUAGAAACAUUAGCAUCAAAAUGCUUAGAACAAUCUCCUCCAAAUCAUUCCUUUUUCUCUCACACCGUCAAUAAUCGCACCUACACUUUCCUAAUUGAACCCCCCUUCGUUCUCUUCGCAAUCUUCGACACCCACCUUCUCAAAUCCCAUGCUAUCACUUUCCUCAACCGUAUCAGAUCCUCCCUCAUCGAAACCCUCAAUAAAAAUGACAAUUUUACCCCUUUUUCCCUUCAGCCCCAAUUCGAUUCCGUUUUAAACGAAACCCUAAAUUACUACGAUUUAUCUCCGAAUUCCGAUAACGGGAAAAGCUCUCAGCCGACUACACUUCCUCUUCUUGGAAAUUCCGGUGAAGGGUUGAAGAAAAAAAAGAGAGUUGUUGAUGAUGCGAAGGAAUCUGCAAUGGUGGAUUUAUCCUCCGAUGACGGUGCCGUUUUGUGUCCGUUUAACAAGGUGAAUGAUCGUCAGAAAGCGAAGCAUAUAUGGAAGAAACAUGUGUGGAUUGUGUUGCUGCUUGAUUUGUUUGUUUGUGCGGUUUUGUUUGUGAUUUGGUUGUGGGUUUGCAGCGGUUUCCAAUGCAUGGCUUAUUGAAUUGAAUAAAUGAAAGGGAUUCAAAGAAGAAAAAAUGGCAACUUUUUUUAAUGUUCAUGUUUUUUUUGUCCCUUUCUAUAAAGGGAUUCUUAACUUUUAAGAACAUGAAACCGGUUUCUGUAUGUAAUUGGGAUCUUUGGGUUGCUUUUUCAUAAGUUUUUUUUAUGUCUUUUUUUCUUCUUAUAAUUUCCCUCCUUUUUUUCUUUAUGGAAAUUGCAAUCCAAAGAUUUGUUAUUUUCCGGUUCACGAUUUGAUUAUGCUGUAUCUCAUACACUUUUGUGAUGAUUUGAUUUUGCAUUUGCUCAAUUGUGCAAAAAUUACAGAUUUAUGAUGUUUAAUAUAUGUUUUACAUAUUGAGCAUUA